UACAUCAGCGCCCUGUUGGAUAUUUGGGUGCAGUCAGAGGCGCCUUCAGUUCGGCUGCGGAGGACCAGAGGCGACAGCCGGCGUGCCAACAUGCGGACUGAGAGCAGAGACCUGAGGGGCGCGGAGCUGUCUCACUGGGACCUGCUGACCGGGGAAGCUCGGGGCUGAGUCCCGGGUCGUGGACUGUGCAGUUACCAACCCCCGGUGUGAGCGGUGCAUCUGCUGCGCGCUCUCAGCUCACUCUUGGAUACCCUCUCUUCAGACUUUCCGAGGGCCUGCCGGGGCUUUCUGUUCUUCUGGGAGGAUUCUCUCUGAAUCUUAAGACUGUGUGGGACGGGGACGUGCACAGUGGACAUGGAUAACUCCUCUUAUUUCUUGGCUCUGUUUAUGCUCGUACUCUCUCUGGGCUUGAGGAUAGAGGAGGGCAUGUGCCAACAUUACUAUCUCCUCCGUCCCAUUCCCAGUGACACUCUGCCCGUAGUGGACUUAAAGGAGGACCCGGAUCCGGUGCUGGACCCUAAGGAGAAGGACCUCAAUGAGACGGAGCUCAGGAGCGCUCUGGGCAGCCACUUCGACUCGCACUUCAUGUCCGUCUCCCCGCCGGAGGACAGAUACGCGGGGAACGAGGACGUGGGUGACGCGGAGAUGCGGCAGAAACUCUCCGGGGCGAUGCCCAAAGAGAUCCGAUCCAUGGAGUUCGAGGUCCAGCACGGCAAGAAGCUGAAGCCGAGUAAAAAACUCCGGAGAAGGCUGCAGCUGUGGCUGUGGUCGUACGCCUUCUGCCCGGUUGUUUACGCAUGGAACGACCUGGGCAGUAGAUUCUGGCCGCGCUACAUUAAAGUGGGGAGCUGCUACAACAAGCGGUCUUGUUCGGUCCCUGAAGGGAUGGUCUGCAAACCUGCCAAAUCGACUCAUUUUACGAUCCUGCGAUGGCGCUGCCUGCAGAAAAAGGGGGGCCUGAAAUGCGUCUGGAUACCUGUUCAGUACCCCGUCAUAUCCGAGUGCAAGUGCUCCUGUCCGAACUGAGAGCGACUCUGUGGCUGCAGCCACACGAAAACGAACCUUCCAUGAUUAUUUUUAUACACAACUGCAAAACAUACUGAGCCAGACAAAAAGUAAAACCUCAAAAGAUAAAAAAAAAAAGUUAAGAAGACGAGAUUUUAAGCCUGAACUUGAGGUGGCUUGUUACAGAGACGUAUUUUUGCAGUGAAUGUAUAUUUGAUGUACAUGUUAUUUUAUGCCAGAGCUCUGUGUUAUAAGUAUAAUCAAAUCUACUGUGUUUGUUAAAUGUAUCUUGCCUGUUUAUAAAGGAGGAUCCAAAUGCUCACAGUGAGGGACUUCUGGAGCUGAGGAACCACUGACAUGAUUUUAUGGACCACAUGGGAGAUGUGAAGAGACCUGCUCCAGAGUCGGGCCCCAGCUCUUUAGAAACGCGUCAGCUGAGAUCAGUGACGCCACAAUACAUGAAAAGUAUCCGUGGUGAAAGUUAUUGUUAAACGGUUUUGAAUAUUUUUAACAAAAUGUCCAUUUCAGUCCGAACUCGUGAAUAUCUCUCGUGGAUGCUGUAAAAUAAAGA